AUGAAACAGCAAAAAGAAAUAUCAACAUCGGUUGGGGCUUGUUCAGUAUUGGCUCUUGGACGUCCUGGUUCAAUGACACACACAAUGUCUCCCACAAAUUAUUCUUCUCCCGAAGAUGAUAUUCACAGAAAAUUCAUGCCUUAUUAUGCUCCAGAUGCGAUGAGUUACUCCCCCACAUCGAUGAUGGAUCCCCUAGCCAUAACGGAGGGAAAUUAUUACUAUUAUCCUCCCCUGUUCUCAUUUGGCACCCCAAAUGCUUUAUCUCCUGAAGUUUCUUCAUCUCCUGAAACUUGUUCAGAUUUGGAUCUUACUGAUAGUUUCACUCAUGAUUCUCCUCCUUCCGGUUUCACAAGUCCCUCAUUAUCAAUCAAGAUGGAGUCUCAGUCGUUAGGUCAUGAACACGACUAUAACGUGGCAUUGUCACUAGCCAAAGAUAUCCCGUUCAGUCAUUUGAACCCUUAUACAACGCAAGGUCCAAUGAUCUCACAUCCUUUGGAUUGUUUUACAAUGCCUGGCGCAGAAGCUUCAUUUGUGGGUGUGAUGCCACCAUCUCCAAUAUCUCAAGGAAAACUUUCGAGUUCCACGGCGGAUCAAUUAUUUGACAUGGACACCAAAUCAUUUUUCCCACGUGAGCUCACCACCUUAGAUGCUCGAGAUUAUUUUAGCACAGCAGUCGACAAUCUGGCUUCAGACGCCGCACGUCGUAAAUCACUUGAUGAUGCCAUAUUUCUUCGAAAGAUCGCUUCAACUCCCGUGAAAUCGGAAGUCGCCUUUCAACAGCACAAUCGCCGCAAGUCUCUGCCUGGUGAUCUGACGCAACGUCUUCAUAUUGAAACUUUGUCUCCGACCAAGCAGCCACGAAAAUCUUCAAAAUCCUUAGCCCCAUUUGCUUGUCCUCAUGAGCAUUGCCCGAAAACUUUUACGCGACAGUACAAUUUAAAAUCUCAUCUCCGUACUCAUACUGACGAAAGACCUUUUAUAUGUAAUUACCCCGGUUGCCCGAGAGCCUUCGCAAGGCAGCACGAUCUAAAACGUCAUCAGAAAUUACAUUUGGGAUUGAAACCUCAUGUCUGUCAGAAUUGUGGUCGCGCUUUCGCAAGGUUAGAUGCUCUAAAUCGUCACUUGAGGAGUGACAACGCCGCGCAAUGCGCUCAAGCUACAUUGGCGAGCAAUGCGGCAGGCAAAUUGUUCAAAUCCGCAAACAUAUAA